AUGAGCCCAAGACCAUCUUUAUCUAAGGACCACAGCCCGAAACCUCCGCGGUCGGCGGGAGUUGCGCCGGCCUUCCCCUUGAAGCUCAGGAGCCCCGCGAGGAAGGGGAAGGAGCCAAAGAAGCGCAACGAGCGCGCGGGGAAGGGCUUCAAGGGCGGACCGCAGAACGCGUUGUUCGCGUUCCGCGGAGUGCGGCAGCGCAGCUGGGGGAAGUGGGUGGCGGAGAUCCGCGAGCCGCGCAGCAAGCGCCGACUGUGGCUGGGGUCGUUUCCGCGCGCGGCGGACGCCGCGAUGGCGUAUGACGUGGCAGCCAGGCGAUUACCAUCCCAUAUGGCUUCACCCAUGCCUGCACCGUAUUCUGCUUCUCUUCUUGCCUCCCAUCCUGCUUCUCUUCUUGCCUCUCAUCCCGACACCUUCUCACUGCCUCGGUCCACUCCUCCUCCUAUCUGGGGCUCUCCCAACACGCCCCUGUCAUUCCCACCACCUUCCCGCUUCGCCUUCCCGCAGUCGCACCUGCGAAUGCCGGCACAGAACCAGCGCCAACGGUUGAUGCAGACGCUACAGCACCCACAGGUGUUAUCCCAGACGGCGCUACAGCCGCCACAGGCGCUACAGCAACAGCAGCUGCUUUCACAUGCGCUGCAACAGCCACAAGUGAACUUCCAUGCGCUACAGCACCCAAGGGCGUUACAGCAGCAACUGCAGGCGCUACAGCACCCACAGUCGCUACUGCACCCUCGGGUGCUUUCACAGGUGCUACAAACGCCAGAGGUGUUUUCACAAGCACUGCAUCAGCCACAGAUGCUCCCCCAUACGCUACAGCAGCCAGAGUUUCUAUCAGCACCACUGCAACCGCUACAACCGCCACAGGAUUCGAUGAGCCUGCUACAGCCGUCCACUGAAAUGGCUGGACUCACGGAAAGCGGAGCUGGGGCACUCCAAGUUCCGCCCCACACUAUGCUGCCGGCACAGCCGCUACAGCCGCUACAGCUGCCACAGCUGCAGCCACGGCCGCUGGCACAUGUGAUACUACAGCUGCCUCAGACACCAGCACAUGUGCUACAACCGUCACAGUUGCUGACAGGGGCGCUACAACAAGCACCUGUUUACUCAACACAGGAAGCGCUACAGCCGCCACAGCUGCCACAGGCGCUACAGCCGUCACUGCUGUCCCACAUGCUGCAGCCGCCAAAGAAGUUACAACUGCCACAGCUGCCGGCACAGGCGCCAUCACUCCCCAUGCGAUUGCCGUUUUCGCCCGGUCAUCAGGACAUGCUGAUUGGCCGAGAGAGUGCACGUCUAUUGGGGAACCCACAAACGGAAAGCACGGUCGGGCGUCAAGGGAAGGCUGGGCUGCUGCUGUGUGGUUCUCCUCCUUCGGACCAGCUUCAAGGGCCGUCAGGCUUGCUGUUGCCUGGUGAUCUGGGUACAAUCAGGCCAGUCAGGCUUGAAGGCACAAGACAGCAGCAGCAGGAAGGGAUGGGGAUGCGGGAAGGUGCAGGCUGGCAGGAGAUGGUUGAAGGGCAUGAGGCCCUUUUGAAGGAGCAUGAGAUGAAGGUGAUGCAGGAGGAGGUGCUGCGGCUGCGAGGAGCCUCGAGUGAUGAGAGAAGUUUCCAGGCGGCUCAGAACAUGCAAGAAAGGGCAAGUCUGCAGGAGAUGCUAAGGGAGCAUGAGAUGAAGGUGAUACAAGAGGUGCUGCUGUUGCAGGAAACACGGCUGCUGUCCCUGCAGCCCCCUGCCUCGUUGUUUGAGGCGCCUCAUAAGCAGGCCUCUGCCUCUUCUCCAAUUCUGCCCCGAGGCAAGCCAGGCCAGCCGGGCGAGCUGGAUAGGCUCAGGUUCGGCGCUCCCGAACCUGCCAGUGGGGUUCGUCGUAACGAGGCUCGUGCCCCUGGCCAAUACGACGCCGCCCCUAUCCAUUCCCCUAGGUCGGCCUCCUCCCCUAGUUGUGGCUCACCGUGGCUGUCGCACCUCCUACCCUCCCCGCUCCACCCUGUCCUUACACCGCCCCUCAAUCCCCCUGGUUCACCCUUCCCCCCUUAUGCUUCUCUGGUUUCACCCUGGGCCCUCAGGCGGUCCUGA